AUGUGAGUCUCAUAGCAACUUAAUUAAUAUAUAUUUGACUAAUAGUCACCAGAAAAAGAAGAAGAAAAACAUGUUGGGGAAAUUUAUAGAGCUAGUACAAAUAAAUGCAGCAGCAAGUGAAGUGUGGAAUCUUUAUGGCACUAAUGAAUUUUCAAAAUUUGUUGUUGAAAAACUCCCACACAUUGUUGAAAAAGUUGAGUUAAUUGAAGGCAAUGGAGGAGCUGGUACACUAGUGCAAGUUAGUUUACUUGGGAAUCCUCCAUAUAAAGAGAAGUUUGUGUUAAUGGAUGAUAAAAAAAGAGUGAAGGAAGUAGAGAUUGUUGAAGGUGGAUAUCUUGAUCUUGGAUUUACUUUCUAUGGAUUCAAAUUUGAAGUCAUUGAAGAGGAUGAAAAUUCAUCUUUCAUCAAACUUACAAUUGAUUUUGAGACUAAAGAUAUUGAAAAUAUUCAUCUUACUAUUGCCAAUCUCCAAGCUUUUAUUGCCAUCAUGAAAGCUUCUGCUGAUUAUCUUGAGAAAUAAUCUUAUUAUUAUUAUUAUUUGGAAAUUUUUUUCAUAGUUUAUGUUGUAAAUUUCCAUUUUACAAUUUCUUAUUGUUGUUAUUUCCCUUUCUUGUAAUGUAAUGUAUUAUGAUGGACUUACUAUUUGGAUGUUAUUAUGAGAAAGAAUCACCUAAUAUUUUUUUGCUA